AUGCAGAAGGAUGACGCGCUUCUGUACGAUGUUCUUGAAUCUGCGCGGCUUGCCGUAUCCUAUGUUCAAGACAGUUCAAUAGAUGAUUUCCUCGCAAAUACACAACUUCAGGAUGCCGUGAUUCGACGCAUUGAAAUCAUUGGCGAGGCGGCUAGGCACAUUUCAGAACAGACCAGAGCAUCAUUUCCCAACUUGCCUUGGGUUGACAUGGCAGACAUGCGCAACUUUCUGAUACAUCAAUACGGCGAAGUUGAUGCACAUGUGGUAUGGGAUACCGUCAAGAUUGACUUACCACCAUUGAUCGCAGAGUUGGAGAGCAUCGCAGAUCGUGAAUAA